CGCCGAGCACCUGUUACAUUCUUCAUUGUUCAACGAGAAGCCGGCCGGCAUUUAGUGCAUAACGGUUGUAUCAUCGCGAGUGCUCCAAUAGAACGUACACCAUGUCUGAACAAGCUGAAGCCGCCCCCGCCGCCACCCAAGAGGAGCAAAAGACCGAAGUCGCCCCCGAGGAAAACAAAGACGUCAAGGAAAACGGAACCGGCGAAGCCGAACCUGUUGCUGAACAGGAAAAAGAAGCCCCCAAAGAGAUGAGGGCUGUCGUCCUCACCGGCUUUGGAGGGCUGAAAUCCGUUAAAAUACUUAAAAAACCCGAGCCCACGGUCAACGAGGGGGAGGUUUUGAUUCGGGUCAAGGCAUGCGGUCUCAACUUCCAAGACUUGAUGGUGCGUCAAGGAGCCAUUGAUUCACCACCAAAAUGCCCAUUCAUUCUUGGUUUUGAGUGUGCAGGGGAGAUAGAACAAGUGGGUGAAGGUGUCGAAGGCUUUUCGGUAGGGGACCAAGUAGUUGCAUUACCGGAAUAUAGAGCAUGGGCUGAACUGGUGGCCGUCCCCGCCAAAUAUGUGUUCAAGCUUCCUAAGGAUAUUUCCCACUUGGAUGCUGCUACUAUCACAAUGAAUUAUACUGUGGCCUACAUUCUUCUUUUCGAGCUUGCAGGACUGUCAAAGGGAAAAUCUAUUUUGGUGCACUCAGUAGGGGGUGGAGUGGGCCAGGCUGUGGUGCAAUUGGCGAAGACCGUCCCCGACGUUACCAUCUUCGGAAUUUGUUCCAAGGGUAAACAUGAAGCUUUAAAGAAUGCGAAAUCGCCCAUUGAUCAUCUUUUGGAACGUGGCAGCGACUACACUAGUGAAAUAAGAAAAGUUUUGCCGGAUGGGGUCGAUAUAGUUCUAGAUUGUCUGUGCGGAGAGGAAUGCAACAAAGGCUACAAUUUAUUGAAGCCCAUGGGAAAAUACAUCCUUUAUGGUUCGUCGAAUGUGGUGACGGGAGAAACUAAGAGCUUCUUCAGCGCUGCUCGUUCUUGGUGGCAAGUGGACAAAGUGUCCCCACUGAAACUCUUUGACGAGAACCGAACCCUCUGCGGUUUCAACUUGCGCAGGCUUAUGUUCCAACAAGGUGGACACGAAUUCGUAGGAAAAGCAGUGCAAUCAGUUUUUGCUCUAUUCCAAGAGCAAAAAAUUAAGCCUCUUCUUGAUUCAACUUGGGCUCUUGAGGACGUUGCCGAGGCUAUGCAAAAAAUGCACGACAGGAAAAACGUCGGUAAAGUUAUUUUGGAUCCAAGCUUAGAACCUAAGCCUAAACCAGCGACUCCAGCUAAAGGUAAGAGCAAAGAAGACAAGAAGAAGCAGUCUUCUGAGGAGAAGAAAGAGCCAGAAGAGAAGAAGGAAGAGGAGAAAAAAGAGGAGAAGAAGGAAGAACAACUUACUAAUGGAGAUUCUGCUGGAGAUUCCGGUAAAUAGAGAUAACACACUACAUAGUACAAACUUUUUUUACAAAUCAGAUUCCAAGGGAAAGGAGAAUUCGAGUUGAAUUGUUUAGAUGCGUUGAGCAAUUAGUUUUCUCAAAAUUUUAGCAUUUGUGUUUAAUUAUAUAUUGCUACGUUAAUUUAUGUGUUGUUUAAGAACAGAUCUCAAAUUAAUCUACCAUUCAUUAAUCUGAGCUGUGUUAAUUUUAAAUAUUGUAUAGGAAAAUAGUUUAGAGUGUGAACAGUCAAAAGAGACCAUUAUUUUAUGAUUUGUUUCACCAAGUUGUAUUUUUAUUUUAUUACCAAUUUGUUAAUGCGUAAGUUUUAAGAUGUUUAUUAAUCAUUUCGGUGCUAUAUUGAAAAUUACGAUACCCUCUCAAGCAAAAUCAUCAAUUUUCGAGAUAGCACGUUCUUCAUUUUUCAAAAAAGUUCAGGAGCACAUAUCUGUGUGAAUCAGACCAAAAAAAGAAUCAUUAGGUAGCGUUUUAUACAAAAUAUUUUUCCAAGCUUAGUUAGGUUUUUACGUGAAAAGUUCAAGUGAGGACAAAUAAUUCUAGUUGAAAAUUUUUUAUCGUGCAUAUUUUUGCUAUUUGCUAUUUUUCAAGCAUAUCGACGAAACUUUUAGUCUGUAAGCUUUUGCUUUCUGACACUACGAAAUUAUAUGUGAUUCAGUUUUUGUUACUCCAGCUUUCAAAUACACAUAUAUGUCUGUAAUUAGUUAUACAAUGUAAAUUUUGUGUGCGAUAUAUUUUCAUAUACGAAAAAUGUAAGAUGGUAUAAAACGACAAGUAAGUUUGUAUUUUAACAUUAUUUUUGUUGAUAGGAGUGUAUAAUCUUUAUCAUAAGCUAAAAUAUAUUAUAUUGCUAUUUACCGCUUAUAUUAUAUAAAUGUAAGACUGAUGUGUUAACGCUAUGCAUAUUGUUCGUUUGAAAGCCUGUAUAAUAAAUUGUAUAAUUGCCAAA